AUUUGUGACCCAGAUGCAGACCAUGGUUCGCAUUUUCAUUCGCCCUUUACGAAUACAGCGUAGCAAAAUGUGGGUUAGCGGCGUUCCAUCAGACGUUGCACGCCUGUUCGAUUGGCUGGAAGAUAUUGUCCACCUACACUCGCAAUUAUUGUCCGCUUUGCUUGAUGGGCGGAAUGCUCAAACUCCCAUGUUACAGUUUAUGUCUAGCUCUAUCAGGCCAUUUGUCCCAAGGCUCGAAAUCUACCAGCCGUAUCUCGUGAGACUGGAGUUCGUAGCAAGUUUGAUCGAAAAAUUUGUCACUGACGAAGACAGCGAUUUCGGUGAUUUCGUCAAGAUCCAAGAGAGCUCUAGCCAAUGUAAUGGUUGGACCUU